GAUAAAACACAACUAUAUUCUAUAAUGUAUAUCGUUGGAUCAUCGUUCAGUAUUUAUAUUUAUUUUUUCGAUAGGAUUGUUAUGAACUUAGAGUUUUAAUUGUUCGCGGUUUUGAGAUAUUAACGAGACUGGUUGACAGCCUUACGAUUUACUUCUUACGUUGUUUUUUCUGUCAAACUUAAAUAAGUUCCAACAUCACUUACAGUAAAUAGAGCAUAAAUAUAUACAAAAAAUUUUGGCGGUUCGAUCAAACAUGAAUCCAAAGUCUGUAGUCCCCAAAGACUCUAUGUCAAUUUAUGAAAAUUUCUACUUAUAUAUAUGUCCAGAUAAUAUAUUCAUUGAACCAGUACAAAAUACAAAUGUCAUUCUAAACAUCGAUCGAGUUGACUUUACUACUCAAAAACAAACAAAUAAAGGUCAAAUACCAAAUGAAUCAAACCGUCAGCAAAUAUCUGGUAUACUGGGUAUUGUUAAUCUCUUAGUUGGUCCUUACAUUAUUGUGAUCAAAGAAAAAAAACAUAUUGGUAAAAUUAAUGGUCAUGAUAUUUGGCAAUUGUUAGAAACUGAUAUGAUACCAUUGCCUAAAACUAAGCUUCAUUUAAAUGAAACACAAGUCCAAAUGGAUAGGGAAUAUUUAAAUAUGGUCAAACAAAAUUUGAAUACUCCGUAUUACUAUUUUUCAUAUACAUAUGAUUUAACAAAUACUAUGCAGAGGCUGUAUAAUACUUCUGCUCAUUUUGUUAAUGUUCCAAUAUGUGAAAGAGCGGAUCAAAGAUUUCUGUGGAACUAUUAUUUACUGAAUAACUUUAAUUUAGACCACCAAGAGUUUUGUGUUCCCAUCAUUCAUGGAUUCAUUGCAAUCAAUAAUUGCAUUUUAAAUGGAAAAGAAUUUUUUUGGACCAUUGUAUCUAGACGAUCACGAAAUCGCCAUGGACCAAGAUUAUUUAAACGUGGUAUUGAUCAAAAUGGAAAUGUUGCUAAUUUUGUUGAGACAGAAAUGAUAGUAGAAUAUAAUGACACUCGGAGUUCUUACGUUCAGACUCGAGGAUCAAUUCCUUUGUAUUGGACUCAGUAUCCCACUCUUAAAUAUAAGCCUGCUAUGCAAAUAGCUCAAAGUGAAAAUCAUUUGGAAGCUGCUAAUAAACAUUUUAAUGAGCAAAUUUCUAUUUAUGGUCAGCAAAUUUUGAUAAACUUGAUUGAUCAUAGAGGUGCAGAACAAGAACUGGAAACCAAAUUUCGUGAUAUUGUCAUUUUAUUAGAGGAUAAUAAAAUUAAAUAUGAAGCUUUUGAUUUUCAUAGUGAAUGCAAAAAAAUGAGGUGGGAUAGACUUUCAAUUUUGGUAAAUAGAGUUGCUCAUGAGCAAGACAAUUUAAAAUACUUCCUCCUUGGAUCUGAUGGUAAAUUACUUAUCUCACAAAAAGGAGUAUUCAGAACAAACUGUGUUGACUGUUUGGACCGAACAAAUGUUGUACAAAGUUUAUUAGGUCGUAGAAUGUUGACAAUUAUGUUGCAGAAAUUGGAUAUAUUGAAUUUUGGACAAAAAGUUGAAGAUCAAUUAGAUUUUGAAAGUUUAUUCAAAUCAGUAUGGGCUGAUCAUGCUGAUAUAAUAUCAAUCCAAUAUUCUGGAACUGGAGCUUUAAAAACAGAUUUUACUCGUACUGGUAAACGUACUUACAAUGGCAUGUUUAGAGAUUUAAAAAAUUCACUUAUCCGAUACUACAAAAACAAUCUCAGAGAUGGAGUUCGUCAAGAUUGCAUUGAUCUAAUAUUAGGAAAUUAUAUUGUAAAUGUAAAUGAAGGUGUGUCUUUACCAUGUCCAUUAGAAGUUAAGCCUGCUAUCAAAUAUUUUAUGUAUCCUAUGAUUUUAAUGAUCGCAUUUGCAAUGUUUAUGGCCAACGCAGUGUUUACUUCAGAAUAUAAUACUGGAACGUAUCUAUUCCUCUUGUUCUGGGGUACGAUGGUUAUGUGUGUGUUGUCAUUAAUAUUUUACUAUGGAAAAGAAUUUGUUAAUUACCCAAGACUUUCAAGUAUCGAUAAUGGAAAAAGAAUCCAACAUCAUCAUCAAUCUUAAUAGUGCAUUCCAAACAAUUUAUUUUGUUGCUUUAGAAAAUAUAAAUAAAAUGACUCAAAAGCAUAUUGUUAUAACAUGA